GGAAGAAGAUCGGCCAAAAAUGACCUUCGUGUUGUUUGAGGGCACGUGGUAGUGGGUUCGGUGUCCGAUGGGGAUUUGCAAUGCGCCUGCCACGUUUCAGCGAGCGAUGAACAUGACGUUCCAGAACUUCGUCAACAAGACACUGCUGAUGCAGGGGAUGAUUAACUUUUGUGUGAUCGUGUACAUGGACGACAUCCUGGUCUAUUCGAAGACCUAUCACGGGCACGCGCAACACAUCGAAUGGACAUUGAGUGCAUUAAGAGACGCUGGGUUCAAGAUUGCACUUGAGAAGAGUGAAUUUUUCCUCUCGGAAAUUUUGUUCCUGGGCUAUGUCGUGACACGUGGAGGAUUGCGGCCAGACUCGAGAAAAGUUGCGGCAGUGAGGGAAGCUCCGGUUCCCACGUCUCUGACGCAGGUUCGAGCCUUCUUGGGGCUGGCGUCGUACUAUCGRCGCUUCAYCAAGGGUUUUGCCGCGAUUGCACGACCACUAACGAAUCUGUUAUGGAAAGACCAGCCUCUCAGCUGGGACGCGGAGUGCCAGCAGGCCUUUGCAACCCUCAAGGACGCUCUGGCAACGGCCCCUAUUUUGAUCCGGCCGGACCCCUCAAAGCAGUUCAUCCUCAUCACGGACUGGCAACCGGAAGCUAUUUCCGCUAUUUUAGCCCAGAAGGGGAACGAUGGUCGAGAACACGUCAUCGAGUACGCGUCACGAACCGUACCGGACGAACGAAGAAACGACUCCGCACCUCAGGGUGAGUGCUAUGCAGUGGUUUGGGCAAUCCAACACUUCCAUCCGUAUCUCUACGGGCAAACGUUUCGUCUCGUAACGGAUCACGAGCCUCUGCUGGCGCUGAAGAAACUCCCCAACUACACGGGCAUGAUUGGCCGUUGGGCGGUGCGAUUGCAAGAAUACGACUUCGAUAUCGUCCAUCGAAAGACAGAGCGACACGGCAACGCGGACGGGCUGACACGUCUGCAUCGGUCUGCCAAGUCCAAUAUCCAUCCUCGCCUUUCCUACUGCCUAACGACCCUUGCUGUCCCCGUCAUUCGUCCCCCAUAUUGGGACAUGUGGCGCAAAGACUUCGUAGAGCUUUCACUGUGCUUGGUCGAAGUACGGCUGACGUGGAUCGAGGACGAAGCGCACCCGCCUUGCAUAGAGCGGCUGGAGUUGUUGUUUAUCCAAGCCUGGCGCACCAACGUGGAGGGAGAGCUCCUCGCAUUCUUAUUCGGUGCAGUACGGCCCGGCCAUCAGGAACUUAUCACGCACGAGCUCACGAUCCCGGUAGCGCAGCUGGCGGACGGCCUCCCUCUUGACAUCAUCUCGCAAGACGACGAGCAUCCAGUUCCCCAUGUCCUUUCCCGCACCUUGACACCUCAUCUUCAGUGGUCGGCUUGCGUAGAAGGAGCCGCGGAACGCAUCCCGCCGUCGCAGCGACAACAUUUGGAUCCCCGGGCGAUUCGUGACCCUGCCUUCUUCAGGCAGCCUACGGCGGAGCAGCUUGCGGCCAUCCACGAGGAGGAAGAGGAGGAAGAAAGCACUGAGAGUGAUGACGGGGAAGACGAGCGGGAAGAAAGUGAGGAAGGCGACGAAGUACUCGGGGAAGAAGACGAAACCCCCGAAGAAGGAAGCUAUAGCGAGCAUAGCCAGGGGGAGCAGAGCGAAGAAGAGGAAGAAGACGAAGAAGGAGAAGAAGGGCACGAAGAAGAAUCUGCUGGACCAGAGUGGGAAGCCGUGCCAGAAGACGCAUUGCGCACAGGUACAGAGGCAGAAGAUCCCGAGGCGGCCCGUAAAGGGGAAGAGAUCGCGGCCGGGAAGACGGAGUUAGAACUCGCAGGCGCGGCGAGUCUGCAGAUCUGUGACGACCCGAACCGAGAUCCGGAGCCGCCCCGACCUGAAGAUGGCAACCUCGCGGCCACGACUCCGGCCCCAUCGGCAUGGCGACGAAGCCAAUCCCCCCCCUCCCCAACCCGUCCCUCAGUUCGCCGACGUACCGAUACGGGCGAUCGGCCUUCGUCCCCGAUUACUCUCUCGCCGUCCCCUUGACUACCUCACCCUUCGCCAGCUCACCACCCCCGU